CACAAAUGGGAGGUUGGGAGGAGGGAGGCAAGACAGGAAGACUGACUGUGUUACCCAGUGUAUGUGUGCAUUACAGAAGUAUUCAACAAGGGAGAGAGACAGGACUUUGGGAAUUGGGGGUGACAGUCUGCAGGAGCCAAAGGUGGGUAAAAGCCUGGAAAAUGGGACUAUGGCCUGUAUGUACCAGCAGUGGGUAAUACACUGGGGAUCAGAGUGACAGCUGUCAAGAGACAGUGAUGGGCUAUUGCCUGGGAACUGGGUGUCAGUCUACCGGUACCAGAGAUGGAAUAUAUUCUAGGAAUUGGGGUGACAUUGGUAGGGGCCAGCUAGGGUAAUAGCCUGAAUGUUUGGAUAAUAGUCUGCAGCCAAUGACAGUGGGUAUAUAUGCUGGGAAUUGGGCUUGCAGUCUGUUGACGCCAGCUGUGGGUAGUAUCUUGUGGGAUUGUCGGAGCCAGCUGUUGGUGACUUACCACUGUAUGUAUAUAUAUAUGUCUCUAUAUGUAAUUCUGUAAUCCUGCUUUAUUUUUUUUUAUCAUGUCAUAUCCCCUUAUCCAUUUAAAACUGCCUCUUUUACACAUCUUAUCCUAUCAACUUUAUCCAUUAUAUCCAUAAUACUAGCCCUACAUCUAUAAUAGUGCUUCCUAUAUGCAUUAUAAUGCUGUCCGUAUACAUCUCACACUGCCCCUAUAACCUUCAAUACACUCUCUAUACAUCUCACACUGUCCCUAUAGCCGUCAAACUCUCCAUACAUCUCACACUGCCCCUUUAGCCAUCAAUACACUCUCUAUACAUCUCCCCUAUAGCGUCAAUAAACUCUCUAUACAUCUCACACUGCCCCUUUAGCCACUCUCUAUACAUCUCCCCUAUAGCGUCAAUAAACUCUCUAUACAUCUCACCUGUCCCUAUAGCUGUCAAUAAACACUCUAUAAAUGUCACAUUGCCCCUAUAGCUGUCAAUAAACUCUCUGUACAUCUAGCCUAUAGCCUCUAUACAUCUAGCCUAUAGCCUCUAUACAUCUCACACUGCCCCAUAGCCGUCUAUACAUCUCAGACUGACCCUAUAAUCGUCAAUACACUGUCUAUACAUCUCAAAAUGCCCCUAUAGCAUUAAUAAACUCUCAAUACAACUCACACUGCUCCUAUAGCUGUCAAAAAACUCUCUAUACAUCUCACGCUGCCCCUAUAGACAUUAAUAAACUCUCUAUUCAUCUCACACUGCCCUUAUAGCCAUCAAUAAACUCUAUACAUCUCACACUGCCCCUAUAGCCAUCAAUAAACUCUCUAUACAUCUCACACUGCCCCUAUAGCCAUCAAUAAACUCUCUAUACAUCUCACACUGCCCCUAUAGCCAUCAAUAAACUCUCUAUACAUCUCACACUGCCCCUAUAGCCAUCAAUAAACUCUCUAUACAUCUCACACUGCCCCUAUAGCCAUCAAUACACUCUCUAUACAUCUCACACUGGCCCUAUAGCCAUCACUACACUCUCUAUACAUCCCACACUGCCCCUAUAACCAUCAAUAAACUUUCUAUACAUCUCACACUGCCCCUAUAGCCAUCAAUACACUCUCUAUACAUCUCACACUGCCCCUAUAGCCAUCAAUACACUCUCUAUACAUCUCACACUGCCCCUAUAGCCAUCAAUCAACUCUCUAUACAUCUCACACUGCCCCUAUAGCCAUCAAUAAACUCUCUAUACAUCUCACACUGCCCCUAUAGCCAUCAAUAAACUCUCUAUACAUCUCAGACUGCCCCUAUAGCCAUCAAUAAACUCUCUAUACAUCAUGCACUGCUCAUGUAACCAUCUGAUACUGCCUUCAUUGAAAUCUUUAAAUGUAAGCAAGAAGAGAUUAUUUAAACAAAUCUUUAAUGCCAAUUCUGUAUAGAUACACACUAUGAAGGUUUCUAUCUCUUUAGUGUAGAAAAAUCUACAAUAACUCCAUCAGAUGAUAAAAUUCUGUAAAAUGUUUGGAGAAUACUGCAAAGUUCUGUUGCUUCUAGUAUAUAUAUAUAUACACACGCAUGUCACAAGAGUAAUGUCUUUGUGAACUUAGGCCUCUGAUGUAUUUUCCUCUUUAUCAUUGUAUGCCUUCUUAAUUUAAAGGAAAAAUAUAUAUAUAUUUUUAAUAUAUAAUAGUCCAUUCGUCAAGUUUUGAAAAGAAAUUGAUUUUAUUUUAAAUGAAGCAUAUGUCAAAAAAUGAGAAAACCCCCAUCCCUACCGUUAAUAUAUAUGAUCUUUCCGCCAUAUACAUGCACCUUGUGUCAGUCAGACAGUGCAUGAAAACGGACAGUUAGUCUCUAUGGUCACUCCCAGCACAGAAACCGUGAAGACCAUAGAGACUAACUAUUGGUUUUAAUCAAUGUCUGACCAAAGCUGCAUGUAUAUGGCUGAAGGAUCUUGUUAUACACUAAAUGAAGGGAUUAGUUUGUCUCAUAUAUGCUACACAUAUAUAUAUAUAUUUGUAACAUAUAGGAGAAAAUAUACCAUAUAUUCGCAACAUAGAUCUAAGAAAAAAUGUUUAAAAUCUAUUUGCGUUUAAAACUUAAUUAAAGGAUUAUUAUAUGUUAAUGCCUGUUUUAUUUUCUACAAUGCUGGAAACUCAAUAAAAAACAAAGUUUUGAGGUAACAGUUAUCCUUUAGAAGAGGUAAAGAGUUGACAAUGUCUAGGUUACGGAACAAAUUGAGUUAAGAGGUUCUGCAGAAUCUGUGGUUAUUUAAUUCUGUUAGUGUUAACUAUUAGGUAUGUCAAACCCAGUAGCAAAGAGAAUUCUUACGGUAGUAAGGGGGUAGAUGGAUUGUAAUUUGGGUGUAUCUGGGCCUGCAGUGCAAUAAUGUUAAAGUUCCUGCAUAUUGUGUAAACAGGAGAUGGCGUCUGUACAGUAAAUUGCAAGAUGGCAUAUCCCUUUCUCGUCAUAGAGCACAUCUAAUCCUCUGAUACCUGAGGUAAGCCCAUUAACCCAUCAGCACAAACCCUAAAGUCCAGAUCCCAGAACUGGGGGACAAUAUUGUGAAAGGUACAGAAAACAAAAGGAGAAUUGGGCUGCAUCACAUUAUUCGAAAGGUAUGGGACAGAAUAAAUAUACAGAAUUUGGGGAUUUAUCAGGUAGAGUAUUGAACAAAAGAGAGGUACAGUCAGAAAGGGAAGAGUGAGUGAGAAAGUUACAAUAAGCAGCAAAAAUACUGAAAUACUGAAUUGAGGGACAUAUUAAGAAAGGAACUGAGCAGAAUUAGUGACACAUUGUGAAACAUAUGAACUAAAAGAGAGAUACAGAAUUGAGGGACGGAGUGGGAAAGUAAGAGAACAGAGAAAAGCGUGGAAAAUACUCGGAGUGAAAGGGAGAUUUAAAGAAUAUAUCUGAUUUGGCUGUUUCUGCUUAAAAUAUGCCAUUCACACCCGUCCUGGUAAGUUUUACCCGCAAUCUAUGAGCCAGUUUUUUGUUUUUUAAAGUGCUUCUAAACUGGUUCAUGGAUUGCAGGAUAAAACUUACCAGGAAAGGUUAAAUAAUCUUAACAUGUAUAGCUUGGAGGAAAGACGAGACAGGGGGGAUAUGAUAGAAACAUUUAAAUAUAUAAAGGGAAUCAACACAGUAAAGGAGGAGACUAUAUUUAAAAGAAGAAAAACUACCAAAACAAGUGGACAUAGUCUUAAAUUAGAGGGACAAGGGUUUAAAAAUAAUAUCAGGAAGUAUUACUUUAUUGAGAGGGUAGUGGAUGCAUGGAAUAGCCUUCCAGCUGAAGUGGUAGAGGUUAACACAGUGAGGGAGUUUAGGAAUGCAUUGAAUUGGCAUAAGGCUAUCCUAACUAUAAGAUAAGGCCAGGGACUAAUGAAAGUAUUUAGAAAAUUGGGCAGACUAGAUGGGCCGAAUGGUUCUUAUCUGCCGUCACAUUCUGUAUUUCUAUGCAUUCCCUUUCUGGUAAAUAAAUCCCAACAUCGUAAAUGAAAGAUACAGAAUUGGGAGACCAGACUGAAAAAUGUAAAAACAAAACAAAAAAAAGGACUCAAGCGUUAAAUAGUAAAUAAGAAUGGAAUGGGAGACAGGGUGUGCAAGCAGGAGAACAUGGUGGGAAUAUAGAGAGGAAAAUAAACUCCAUCAGAGAUUAAAGAGACUGAUUGAGAGACAGAGAGACAGACUGGGAUUUUGGGUCGUGGUAGUUAGAAGAUCAGAGAGAUAGGGACUGGCACAGAGGAAAGUAAACAGACAUAUAUGGGAACAGACAGGAGAGGCGAGUCAGAUGUCAAACAGUUCCUCUGAAAAGACAGAUUUUUAUCUCAAGGGUCAAACGUCUCAUGGCGCAGCCUUUCUCUCUUGAACCAUUGUUAUACAAUCCGAUUCACUUUGGAUAUGAAUUAAGCAGAGCAUUAUGUGCCAAUUUUUCGAAUACAGUUUUUUUCCCCAUCUACGCCAUUUUGAAAGCAGUGAGUUUUAUUUAGUCCUGAUUUCAACCCAAAAUAAACAAUCUAGAACCAUCAACUUUAUUUAUUAAAGAAUUGUAGGGAAAUCAAAGGGAAUUUUAAAUUUAGAGCCGAAGUACCUAAACUAGAAACAUAGCUGAUUUGGAGAAUUUUUUUAAAUUCGGCUACUUGGGCUGAACAAGUCUCGUUUCAGUAAAUACUUCUGCAAGUGUUUUUUUGUUUUUUUUUAAGUGUGAUUUAAACCCCUUCAGUGCCAGAUGAUUUUGCCAUAUAAUGACCUGAUAUAUCUUAUUCACUAAACUUGGCAUUUUAAGACACCGAUCAUGGGCUUUAAAAUUUAGAUAGACUUUUGACACCUGCUGCGAAGUUACCCUGGCAACAUUAUCCCCGUGUAUUUUAGUAAAGCGUCACGAGUGCUUAUUUACUAAGCAAUGAUUUGUGGAGAAUUGACAAAAGGAAUUACAACUUUUUAGGCAUACAUGGUUAAAAUGGGAAAAUAUUCCUGGUUCACCUUUAGCGGCCCAAAAUCUGCACUCAUUCUGCCCUUUCUACAAUUUCUAUUUCAUUCAUCUUUUCACCCACUUAGGGAUUUAGCGGGUAAAGCCCUUUUAGAAACUCUUUAUUUUUCAUUUUAAGUUUGGAAACAGCCAUGUUUCUCAUGAAAAAAACAGCCACUUCAGGUUGUGUUCACUAAAUGGUCAUUUUCUGGGAAUACUAUAGGAACGAUAAAUUUUAGGAUAAAGUAGCCAGAUUGGGAAUAUUCUUAAAUCCAGUUGUGUACAGCUCUGCUAUUUUUGGCAAAUGUUUCACAUUCCCUCGUUUGCGAACCAUAGUAAUGUUACUCUGAAUCCUGCAGUAUUAUUACUUUUUGUACACACCACAAAUGGUUCUCUGUAGCCUACCUUAGUUACACCGGUUAGAAAUAUUACUCUAUAACUUGUCCAGAUUUUAUUUUGCAGUAAUGUUACUCUGUAUCCUGAGUCACUAAUACCUUGCACUAAUGUUACUCUGUAUCCUGAGUCACUAAUACCUUGCUGUAAUGUUACUCUGUAUCCUGAAUCCGUAAUACCUUGCAGUAAUGUUACUCUGUAUCCUGAAUCCGUAAUACCUUGCAGUAAUGUUACUCUGUAUCCUAAGUCACUAAUAAUACCUUGUAGUAAUGUUACUCUGUAUCCUGAGUCACUAAUACCUUGCAGUAAUGUUACUCUGUAUCCUAAGUCACUAAUAAUACCUUGUAGUAAUGUUACUCUGUAUCCUGAGUCACUAAUACCUUGUAGUAAUGUUACUCUGUAUCCUGAGUCACUAAUACCUUGCACUAAUGUUACUCUGUAUCCUUAGUCACUAAUACCUUGCAGCAAUGCUACUCUGUAUGCUGAGUCACUAAUACCUUGUAAUAAUGUUACUCUGUAUCCUGAGUCACUAAUACCUUGCAGUAAUGUUACUCUGUAUCCUGAGUCACUAAUACCUUGCAGUAAUGUAACUCUGUAUCCUGAAUCAGUAAUACCUUGCAGUAAUGUUACUCUGUAUCCUAAGUCACUAAUAAUACCUUGUAGUAAUGUUACUCUGUAUCCUGAGUCACUAAUACCUUGUAGUAAUGUUACUCUGUAUCCUAAGUCACUAAUAAUACCUUGUAGUAAUGUUACUCUGUAUCCUGAGUCACUAAUACCUUGUAGUAAUGUUACUCUGUAUCCUGAGUCACUAAUACCUUGCACUAAUGCUACUCUGUAUCCUUAGUCACUUAUACCUUGCAGCAAUGCUACUCUGUAUGCUGAGUCACUAAUACCUUGUAAUAAUGUUACUCUGUAUCCUGAGUCACUAAUACCUUGCAGUAAUGUUACUCUGUAUCCUGAGUCACUAAUACCUUGUAGUAAUGUAACUCUGUAUCCUGAGUCAGUUAUACCUUUCAGUAAUGUUACCCUGUAUCCUGAGUCACUAAUACCUUGUAGUAAUGUUACUCUGUAUCCUGAAUCAGUAAUACCUUGUAGUAAUGUUACUCUAGUCAGUAAUACCUUGUAGUAAUGUUACUCUGUAUCCUGAGUCAGUAAUACCUUGUAGUAAUGUUACUCUGUAUCCUGAGUCACUAAUACCUUGCAGUAAUGUUACUCUGUAUCUUGAAUCAGUAAUACCUUGUAGUAAUGUUACUCUGUAUCCUGAAUCAGUAAUAUCUUGCAGUAAUGUUACUCUGUAUCCCAAGUCACUAAUACCUUGCAGUAAUAUUACUCUGUAUCAUGAGUCAUUAAUACCUUGCAGUAAUGUUACUCUGUAUCCUGAGUCACUAAUACCUUGCAGUAAUGUAACUCUGUAUCCUGAAUCAGUAAUACCUUGUAGUAAUGUUACUCUGUAUCCUGAGUCACUAAUACCUUGCAGUAAUGUUACUCUGUAUCCUAAGUCACUAAUACCUUGUAGUAAUGUUACUCUGUGUCCUGAGUCACUAAUACCUUGUAGUAAUGUUACUCUGUAUCCUGAGUCACUAAUACCUUGCACUAAUGUUACUCUUUAUCCUUAGUCAUUAAUACCUUGCAGCAAUGCUACUCUGUAUGCUGAGUCACUAAUACCUUGUAAUAAUGUUACUCUGUAUCCUGAGUCACUAAUACCUUGUAGUAAUGUUACUCUGUAUCCUGAGUCACUAAUACCUUGUAGUAAUGUAACUCUGUAUCCUGAGUCAGUUAUACCUUUCAGUAAUGUUACCCUGUAUCCUGAGUCACUAAUACCUUGUAGUAAUGUUACUCUGUAUCCUGAAUCAGUAAUACCUUGUAGUAAUGUUACUCUGUAUCCUGAGCUACUAAUAACUUGCAGUAAUGUUACCCUGUAUCCUGAGUCACUAAUACCUUGUAGUAAUGUUACUCUGUAUCCUGAGUCACUAAUACCUUGUAGUAAUGUUACUCUGUAUCCUGAGUCACUAAUACCUUGUAGUAAUGUUAAUCUGUAUCCUGAGUCACUAAUACCUUGUAGUAAUGUUACUCUGUAUCCUGAGUCACUAAUACCUUGUAGUAAUGUUACUCUGUAUCCUGAGUCAGUUAUAUCUUGCAGUAAUGUUACUCUGUAUCCUGAGUUAUACCUUGUAGUAAUGUUACUCUGUAUCCCAAGUCACUAAUACCUUGCAGUAAUGUUACUCUGUAUCCUGAAUCAGUAAUACCUUGUAGUAAUGUUACUCUGUAUCCUGAGUCAGUAAUACCUUGUAGUAAUGUUACUCUGUAUCCUGAGUCAGUUAUACCUUGUAGUAAUGUUACUCUGUAUCCUGAGUCAGUUAUAUCUUGCAGUAAUGUUACUCUGUAUCCUGAAUCAAUAAUACCUUGUAGUAAUGUUACCCUGUAUCCUGAGUCAGUUAUAUCUUGCAGUAUUGUUAUUCUGUACCCCUGUCACGUAUCCUUUGUAUCCAUGUGGCAAAAAUGGAGAUAAUUACAUCCCGAAAGAUCGAGGGUAGUGCCACUCGGCGGUUUUCUGCCAUGAUGCCUGACUUGUGCGGCAUGUUAGGCAUCGCCAGCCGCUGCGGACCCACGCAAUUAUAUAGCCCCACGUCCGUCCACAGUAAAGACGACGUCGACGUGCGGGUGACAUCACGCAAAAGACGCAAACACACUUUUUGGGGUCAAGGGCUGGGUACAGCCAAUCGGAUCUGUAAGAGGGUUUUUAAACUCACUUACUCUUUAGCUCAUUGCCCUGUUGUGGUUUCCCUUAGAUGGUUAUACGAGAGUGUGUUCCUGAUCUUGUUUUUCUGUUUUUUCACUUUGGCUUUGUUUUGACUUCUCUGAUUUCUGGUACCCUUGACCUUUGGCUUUUCGUUAUCUCUGUGUCUCGUUCUGUGUCCCUGACCUCGGCUAGUUUUCUGACUAUUCUCGGGUACGUUAAGUCCGGCCAUUCUAAGGUCCGGUAAGACGUUACCCUUAGUUUUAGGGUGUGAUACUAUUCUGCGUGCUGCAUCAAUAUAAUCCUGACAUUACAACAUGGCCAUAGAUCCUGCAGAUAUGUGUAGGCACAUAGUAACUUGUGAGAGAAAGCUAGAGGAGAAUGAUCACCGUAUGGAUCAAUUUGCCCAAGCUUUCAAUAUGCUACUAAUACGUACGGCUCAUUUGCAGCCUGAGGUCCCUUCGGCAGGUACACAACCACCUACUUUACCUACACCUAUCGUAUAUAGGGCACCUACUAUCACCCUAUCUUCACCCCCACAUUUUGAUGGUAAUAUUCAUUAAUGUCGGGGAUUCCUUAAUCAAAUGGGUACCAUUUUUACCAUUUUGAAUCCUCACCUGGGUCCUUCCCCAUGGAUAGAGCUAAAAUUGGGUACUUAAUGAACCAACUACAAGGUAAAGCCUUAGCAUGGGCCAAUCCAUUAUGGGAGAGUGAUAAAACUGUUGCCCAUAAUUACCAGGAAUUCCUUGAGGAAUUCAAAUUAACGUUUGAACCAUUGGGAAGGGAGAGCAACGCCUCCACUGCCCUAUUGUGUAUCAAGCAAGGGAACCGGUUUGUCUCAGAGUAUGCCCUAGAAUUCCGCACCUUGGCUUCUGAGUAGACUGGACCAAUAACGGAUUAAUCACCGCAUUCUCAGAGGGAUUAUCCGAAGCUAUCCUUGAUGAGAUUGCAGCCCAAGAACUACCAGGGAGAUUAAAUGAAUACAUCAUUUACGUGAUGCAUAUAUAUAAUCGACUUAGGAACAGGGAGAUAACUAGAAAUAGAACCAGACGUAUGAAUAGGUCAUUGGUGCCUCGCUUCUCUAGUCCUGUUGUUUCUGGCCCUCCUGUGCAGUCUGAAAUUGAACCUAUGCAGUUAGGGGUUAUGAGACUGUCAGAGGCAGAAAGACAGUUUAGGAGAAAAGAGGCAAAUCAUACAAAGGAAAAAACCAAAGGCAUAAAUAUGUGCACAAUCACCAAAAAGUGGUUACAGAUAAUCCAACCUGUAUAACAAUCGGUAGGAUCUACCAUAAGCACCGUAUAUCUGGUGGAAUAAAAUACAAAUAUAGUGCAAUACAAUAUUCCUAUUGUAUUGCACUAUAUUUGUAUUUUAUUCCACCAGGUUAAAGAAGUGUUUAGUAAAAGUCACACACCGAUACGAUAUCUCCUCACAGAUCUUAUGAUUGCUCCAAAGAGAUGUUACCCGGCACUAUGCCCUCUAAGGGGGCAGUUUAUGCCUUAUCACCAUAGGAAAGUAGGAUUAUGGAGGAUUACAUUAAAGAGUCUCUACAAAAAGGUCACAUGUGUAAGUCUUCUUCACCUGCAGGUGCGGGGUUCUUUUUUGUAUCCAAAAAAGAUGGAGAGUUAUGGCCAUAUAUAAAUUAUAUGGCAUUGAACAAGAUCACCAUCAACAAUGCUUAUCCCAUUCCACUUAUCUUGGAAUUGUUUGUCAGACUCACUCCAGGAUGCUAAGGUGUUUACCAAACUUGACCUUAGGAGUGCCUACAAUUUGGUAAGGAUUAAGGAGGGUCAUGAAUGGAGAACUGCAUUUAACACUAGAAGUGGUCACUAUGAGUGUCUUGUCAUGCCCUUCGGCUUAUGCAAUGCUCCGGACGUAUUUCAGGAUUUCAUUAAUGAUGUUCUCAGAGACUACAUUUCUACUUUUGUAUUGGUAUAUUUGGAUGAUAUUCUCAUUUAUUCCCCCGAUCUCCAGACUCAUCAUAGACAAGGCAUGUGAAGCAAGUGUUGCAAACUUUGCUUAAAAAUGGGCUAAAUUGCAAACUUGAAAAAUGCAUAUUAAAGGACCACUAUAGUGCCAGGAAAACGAGUCUAGUGCCCUGAGGGUGCCCCCCUCAGGGCACUAGAGUGCCAGGAAAAUGAGGUGGUGGAAGGGGUUAAAUUCCUCUAGGUGGUGGAAGGGGUUAAAUUUACCUCUUUCUCCAGCGCCGGGCGGGGGACUCUCCUCCUCCUCGGCUGAAUGCGCAUGCGCGGCAUGAGCCGCGCGCGCAUUCAGCUAGUCCAUAGGAAAGCAUUCUCAAUGCUUUCCUAUGGAUGCUGGUGUCUUCUCACUGUGAAAAUCACAGUGAGAAGCGCAGAAGCGCCUCUAGCGGCUGUCAAUGAGACAGCCACUAGAGGCUGGAUUAACCCUAUUAUAAACAUAGCAGUUUCUCUGAAACUGCUAUGUUUAUAGAAAAAAGGAUUAAACCUAGCUGGACCUGGCACCCAGACCACUUCAUUAAGCUGAAGUGGUCUGGGUGCCUAUAGUGGUCCUUUAAACAGACGGAGGUACAGUUCUUGGGAUAUAAUAUUUCGGCCUCUGGUUUUCAGAUGGACCCUCGCAAACUAGAAGCCGUUCUACACUGGUUAAAAGCCAUUCAAAGGUUUAUUGGGUUUGCUAAUUACUAUAGGAGAUUCAUCAAAAGUUUCUCUACUGUGAUAGCCCCCAUCACCAAUAUGACAUGUAAGGGGGUUAAAGGACCACUAAAGUGCCAGGAAAACAAACUAUAGGGUCUUUAGGGACCCCCCACCCUCAGGGUCCCACUCCCGCUGGGCUCAAGGGGGUAGAAGGAGUUAAACACUUACCUUUCUCCAGCGCCAGGCUCCCUCGGCGCUGGGGAACUCUCCUCACCCUCCCGACGUCAGCGCUCAUUGUGCAUGCAUGGCAAGAGCGCGUGCGCAUUCAGACAGUCCAUAGGAAAGCAUUACUCAAUGGUUUCCUAUGGACGUCAGUGUCUUCUCACUGUGAUUUUCACAGUGAGAAUCGUGGAAGCGCCUCUAGCGGCUGUCCAUGAGACAGCCACCAGAGGCUGGAAUAACCCUCAGUGAAACAUAGCAGGUUCUCUAAAACUGCUAUGUUUACAGCUGCAGGGUUAAAACCUGGGAGACCUGGCACCCAGACCACUUAAUUGAGCUGAAGUGGUCUGGGUGCCUAUAGUGGUCCUUUAACAUUUACUAUAUGGUCUAAAGAAGCUAGAGAGGCUUUUGAGCUUCUUAAGAAAUUAUUCGCCUCUGCUGACAUAUUGGUACAUCCUGACACUAGCAAACCCUUCAUACUAGAGGAAGAAGCCUCUGAGACAGGGGUAGGGGCUGUUCUUUCUCAAAGGGAGAGUCAGGAUACCCCUUUGCAUCCUUGUGGGUUCUUUUCUAGAAAGUUGUCACCAGCAGAGCGUAACUCCGAUAUUGGUAACAGAAUAGUUGGUCAUUAUACUAGCCCUGAAAGAAUGGCAACAUCUUUUGGAAGGUUCUAAGGAUCCCCUCCUGAUCAUAACUGAUCACAAAAACAUGGCAUACAUUGGAGAUGCUAAGAGGCUGUCUUCUAGACAAGCUAGAUGGUCACUGUUCUUGUCACGCUUUAACUUUAUCAUCACGUACAGACCAGGUCCUAAGAAUGUUAACUACAAAAUGUGAUAGUUUCACCUGACACCAGUAAAAUAAAAUAAUAUGACUUAACUUAUAGGACACAGCCUCCCAAGGUUACCUCCCAGGUGGUAACCUUUCUUAACAUAUAUGUAUACGUAGAAACAAUUUUCUCGGCGUUUGACCUAUAAAACAAAUAAUAACCCAUCCUUCCGUACAAGACUAAGUGGGAAAGAGAUCUGCAAAUUAAAAUUGACCUAAAAGAUUGGAAUAUGGCUCUUUAGUCGAUUUACUCCACAGUCCACUGCUUAAAGGACCACUCUAGGCACCCAGACCACUUCAGCUUAAUGAAGUGGUCUGGGUGCCAGGUCCAGCUAGGGUUAACCCAUUUUUUCAUAAACAUAGCAGUUUCAGAGAAACUGCUAUGUUUAUGAAUGGGUUAAGCCUUCCCCUAUUUCCUCUAGUGGCUGUCUCAUUGACAGCCGCUAGAGGCGCUUGCGUGCUUCUCAUUGUGAUUUUCACAGUGAGAGCACGCCAGCGUCCAUAGGAAAGCAUUAUGAAUGCUUUCCUAUGUGACCGGCUGAAUGCACGCGCAGCUCUUGCCGCGCGUGCGCAUUCAGCCGACGGGGAGGAACGGAGGAGGAUCGGAGGAGGAGAGCUCCCCGCCCAGCGCUGGAAAAAGGUAACCCCUUUUCCCCUUUCCAGAGCCUGGCGGGAGGGGGACCCUGAGGGUGGGGGCACCCUCAGGGCACUAUAAUGCCAGGAAAACGAGUAUGUUUUCCUGGCACUAUAGUGGUCCUUUAAAUAUUAUGGCGGCGCAUUACAAAUUAGUAAAUAGAUGGUAUAUGACACUGGCAAAGAUACGAAAGUUUUCAAAUACUGAUAGUCAGGGGUGCUGGAGGUGUGGUGCAGAAGAUGCUGAUGAAAUGCAUAUACGGUGGAACUGUAUACCGUUAAGGAGCGCUUGGGAUUGUUUUUUAGCUGAAAUUAAUAAAAUAUAGGGCAUUACACAAAAAUGGGUACCAGAAAUGGUACUGCUACAUCUAAAAUUACCACAACUAGCGAAAGAUGAGAAAUAUUUCUUAAUCCACGCAUUGAUGGCUAUUAAAUUGUCUAUUGCCGGGAAUUGGAAAAAGACGAUAAUAGAUUCAUGGCUACAAUGUAAAGAAGCCAUUAUUCAUCAAUGUAAGAUGGGAAGAGAAAUAUCUUCUAACUUCUGUAUUAGUACGGAGAAAUAUAAAAUUUGGGAUAAAGGGAUUAAGAUCAUUGAAAGACCUUUAUCAGUCAAAUGAUUGACACGUAUAAAAAAAUUAUGAAUUUUUGAGAUAAGGAUAAUAACUUCUGGUUAGAGUAAAAGUUAUAACCCAUAAAAACGCUGUUUUGAUUGUGUUUGUAUGUUUUUUUAUUUAAUUCUUUAUUUUUGUUGUGCAUGUUAUACAUAGCAGUGACAUACGCCACAACAGCGUGUCUAAGAAUGUACUUAAAUGGAACAGUGGCAUGAGGAAUUGCACAUUUUUGUAUAAUUGUAACAAUCAUCAGCUUGGCUAAACAGUGAAGUCAUUAAUAUAGAAUGAAAAGGUAGCUUAUUUUAACAAUCAGAACAGAAAAUAACCUCGCUAGUGUUUCAUGUUAGCUAGUUUUGAGUGACAUAGAAUAACGUAUGAAUGAUUGAUUCAGGCUAGUUCUAGCUAUUAUACAAGGGUGGAUAACAUAUGAUUAGUUUACUGUCUGCACUAAAGUGUAGUAGUAACAGGCUGAGUGUAUGUGCUUAUUGGCUACGUGCCAUAUAUAGGCGAUAUUAUGAAACAAGGGAGGCUAUCAAGUGCUUCAUUAAUUAACCCUGUAGUGUGAAGGCAAGUCUCCCCUUUAAACAAUAGGUGUGUGCUACGCUGAAGGUUAAGCUUAUCAUACUGUUGCUGUUAAUCAAUUUCAGAUGGGUGUCAGGUGGCAGGUGUUAAGAUGCUGUGUUUCGGAAUCAGUCCAGGCGACAAGCAAUUAACCACGAGAGAGUGUUGGUUGGUUUGCCUGCAGGGUGCCCAGAGUAGUUCAGCCGAUACCUAUCGGGUACUGGGUACAGUCCAGGAGUAAGUGGUAGUCCUGCAUGGCAAAGCUCCUAGGCACUGGCAGGUAGGUUGGUUCCUUGAUUGCUUUUGCAGGAGUCCCUUUCCACUUUUCCGGCUGUAGUUGUGACCUUUGCUGGGUUGCUCGCUGGGGUCUCGUUGUGCAUCUCGUCGCUACGCGGUAUCGGCUGGCUGGGUGUCGAACCGCUCUUCGCCUCCCCAGUUGGUCCCACGGUUUACAGCGUUUUACGGUAGUUGGGUUAUGAACCUUCUUGUGGGUAUUGCCGUCGGAAGCGUGGGGUGUACUUUGCGGGGUAGGCCUCUUGCUCUGUCUUGUGGCCAGCAUAUGCUUGCGUGCAAGGCCGGUCUCUGCUUGUCUCCUCGGCUUGGCCUGUUUUAUUGGCAGGCCUUCGCUUUUGUGUUGGCGCCCAGUUCUUGCUUUCUUUUCUCUGUGAGAAUUGCUUUGAAGGCAGGAGCGUGCGGGUGGCAGUGUCGGCUUUUGCUCUUUUGGGACUCGCUUUAGGGCUUGAUAUGUGUCUAGUUUUUCCCAGAAGGCUUCAAAGAUGGCAUUCAGCCUUGCCUCUGUGUCGUCCCUGGGAAAUGUGUUGGGUCGUCCAUUUGCUGUUGCCGCCAUUUUGAUACUCGCUAGCUCGGUCUGCCUGCGCCGUCCCUUGUCUCGGAUGGGCGCUCCUGGGACCGGGAUAACCCCCGCCGGUCCAUAGGGGGGGGAACGAGGGCUUAUGUGCCCGUUGCCAGCUUUGGGGGGAUGCGGGGGAGCGGCCGCCUCCCCCAUGCUGCCCUUGCUUGUAGGCCGCAGGUGUCCCUCCUCUGUGUCUCGCCAGUUGGGUCGUUCAUUUGGUGUCUGCUGGUGCCCCAUGGGGUCACCUCUCCGCAUGUGGCACUUUUAUGUCAGCUAUCCGCCGUUAUUGGUCUGAUUUAGCGUGUUUUCUGGCAAGCAGAGCAGGAGCAACUCUAUCCUGCGACCGUUCGCCUCUGCGGUCAGGCCCCGCCCCCGUGUUUGUAUGUUUUUAUGUCUUAUAUGUAACACUGGAUGAUAUGUUAUAAUCAACUUUUGUAUGAAUAUUUAUGUCUGUAAAUUGUAUAUUUUUGUAUUGUUAUUGAAAAAAACAAAUAAAAUAUUUAUAUUAAAAAAAAAAAUAAUAAUAACAUGGUGCAAUAGUCUAAUAAUCAUAUAACGCAAAUUAUCAGUUCCACUCAUAGCCUUAAGGGUGCCACCCUCGAUAGUAGUAGGAGCUUGAGUUCUUCCCUCAGACUCCUAUAUGGACUGAUCCUUUUAGUACCAAAAACAAUUGGCCAGAUAAUUCUUCAGUAAAAAAAAGGAAAUUUUUUAUAUAAAAAAUAAUUAACAAAUAUUAAAAGGGUAUGGUCAUCCUACACGUUUCGUUCUCCUUGAGAACUUCCUCAGGGACCCAUAUAAUGCAUAAAACAAAUAACAAAUUUAAAUAGUUCAUUGGUGGGUAGGUGAGUGUCCUUCUUUACGUCCUCUGGAUUCGUUGGUUAUCUAUUUGUGCCAGCCGUCUUCACUUUUCUUUAAUUCAUUUUCCGGUAAUUCUGAGCAUCAGUCGGAACUCCUAUGAGGCACUUCCGUGUGUUCCACAUGUGGGUAAGAUAAAGAUGGCCGUGCAUUUUAGCCUCGUGUGUAUCUUGAACUAUGUACUCCCCCAUGAGUUUCUCCCAAAAGGCAAAAAAAUUGAAUACGGAGCAGAAUACGGAGUUUAUAUUUUUUUUGCCCUUUGGGAGAACACCAAAGUUACCUUCUUCCCAAGAUCUGGUUCAUAUAUUUAUACGCGAAAUUGUCAGAUUACAUGGUUUUCCACAAAAUAUUGUGUCAGACAGGUGUUCCCAAUUUGUGUCAAGAUUUUGGAGAGCAUUUAACAAACAGUUGGGUAUAGAAUUGUCAUUUUCAUCUUUGUACCAUCCUCAAAUUAAUGGUGUGGAUGAGAGGGUCAACCAGUAGUACUAGUUGGAACUAUAUUUGCAAUGUUUUAUUAAUGAAACUCAGGAAAACUGGUCUGACUUGCUACCUUGGGCCGAAUUUGCUAGGAAUAAUGCAACCCAUGACUCAUCUGGACAUAGUCCAUUUUUUGUCAACAACGGUCGUCAUCCUACUGUUCUUCCUGCGGUGUUCUACGACACUGCUAUUCCUGCUCUGGAUGAACAUCUCGCAUGUAUACGUAAGACUUGAACUAAGGUCCACACAGCUCUAGAAACUGCUGCAGCUCGUUUCAAAUUUCAUGCUGAUAAGCGGCGUGGUGCCAACCCUGUUUACCAGGUGGGUGAUCGGGUAUGGCUCUCCUCGCGAAAUAUCAGACUCAAGGUUACUAGCAUGAAGUUUGCACACAGGUUAAUUGGUCCCUUUUGAAUUGUUUUGGAGAAUCAAUCCUGUUUCAUAUACUUUUGCACUUCCUGCCUCUUUGCUUAUACCUAAUUCAUUUCAUGUAUCCUUGCUGAAGCCUCUUAUCUGCAAUAGGUAUACUGUCCCUUUUGUCCCUCCUCCUCCUUUGGUUAUUGCUGGAUGGGAGGAAGUCUCCUCCAUAAUUGAUUCCGGAUUUUCUCGUGGUUCUUUGCAGUACCUGGUUGAUUGGAAGGGUUCUUGCUUCUGAUAUACAUGCUAGCCACAAAAUCCGUUCUUUCCACAACGCCAAAUUUCCUCUCAAACCUGGUCCUGUCUGCCCGGUGGGCGAUUUUCAAGUGUGUGUGUGUUGGGGGGGGGGGUAAUGUCACGUAUCCUUCGUAUCCAUGUGACAAAAAGAUAGAUAAUUACAUUCCGAAGAUCGAGGGGAGUGCCGCUCGGUGGUCUUCUGCCAAGAUGCCUGACUUGUGCGGCAUGUCGGUGCACGCCUGGCGCUGUGGACCCACACAAUUAUAUAGCCCCACGUCUGUCCACGGUAAAGACGUCGUUGACGUGCGGGUGACGUCACGCAAAAGACGCACACGCACGUUUUGAAGUCAAGGGCUAGGUACAGCCAAUCGGAUCUGCAAGAGGGUUAUUUAAACUCACAUAUUCCUUAGCUCACUGCCAUGUCGGGGUUUCCCUUAGAUGGUUAUCCGAGAGUGUGUUCCUGAUUGUGUUUUUCUGAUUUUUGACUUUGGCUUCGUUUUGAACUCCCUGAUUUCUGGUACCCUUGACUUUUGUCUUUUCCUUAUCGCUGUGUCCCUGGCCUUGGCUAGUUUUCUGACUAUUCUCGGGUACAUUAAGUCCGGCCAUUCUAAGGCACAGUAAGAUGUUAAUCUUAGUUCUAGGGUGUGAUACUAUUCAGCGUGCUGGAUCAAUAUAAUCCUGACAGCCCCAUAGUAAAGUAACUGUGUAUCCUGAAUCAAUAAUACCUUGUAGUAAUGUUACUCUGUACCCCAUAGUAAGGUCACUUUGUGUAGCGGAGAUGCAAUAUUACCCAGGUUAUCUCCGCUUAUAAUCCAAGUGAGGCUCAGGAACAAGUAAAUAGUAAAUCCACAGGCAAGGCUUCCAGCAGGUAAAAUACAGCAAUAUCCCAACAGCAAUCCCAAUAACUGGACGACACACAGUUUCAGGAGCAGAACUCAAAGCUUUAAUCCACAGUCUCCUUAUAAAGCAUGCUCCCAUGCAAGGGAGGGAUUUACAGUAAUUAUUACAGUAGCCAAUCCUGUCCUGGUAACCUCCCACACAUCUCCUCCCCUCAGCCAGCAUCAUAAUCCCCUUAUCCAGUACAGUAAUUUCCCCCGUUUCUGGAUGUACCCCUAAACGUAGGGGUACCUCUUUAAAUCCUACAUCCCCGGAUACCCCUGAUCUGGGUGAACAACAUAUCCAAAAAUCACCCAGAUCAGACCAGGGGUUCGGGAAAUGUAUGGAGGCAAUAAAAUGACCGACCGCACUAACUGAGAUAGCCGAAUAAGGUUCCAUGUGAAUGGGCCCUGCGGUCGGUCCUGGCAUAAGGGAACAAAAUACACGAAAGCCUCUAGCUAUAGAGGCUAGGGAGGGUUCGCCUGAAUCCCCUCGUUCGGUAUUUUCUAUCUACCGAACGAGGGGCCGUUCGGUAGUUUGGAACCGAACGGACCAGGUUUGUGGAGGUCUCAGCGGUGUUCGCCUACUCGAGUGUCCGAUUUUAGUUCCAGACACUCGACGGCAAAACACCGCUGUUCGGGAGUUUUAAAAUGGCCGCCACCACGUGUUCGUUUGUCGAAUGGCGGCCACCCCCGAGAACAAAGGACGGCUACUUACUAUUCAAUUACCCGUUCGCAACAAUGUUGCAACGGGUAAUUGAGGACACACUUCACACAGGGGAGGUCUGGUUGUUCGGUAGUUUCAUUCGAAUAAACUAAGGGAAUGAAACUACCGAACAAUCAGAGGAAUACAAUUCUCUUUAACACAUAGAAAACACAGCAGAUACACGAAUGCAGGUAUAUACAGUAUAUUUGUAGGGUCGCCUGGUGCCAUCCGCUACACUUUGUAUGCUACUUCACUAUAUGUAAGUACUUACUCUGUAACUUGCAUCCCUUACACAUAGCAACACUGUUACUAUGUCCUAUAAUAACAGCACUGUAUUCUCCUUAAUUUAAACCUCACUCUAAUGUUACUCUGUACUUUGCCUAAAUAUCUGCCAGUUUAUAGCGGCAUUAAUGAUACUUUGCAGUAACAUAACUCUCUACCCGCAGUGUUUUUAAUAACUGUGUAAGUCAAUAAUUAUUACUUGCUCUUUCAGUGAUAACUUUCUGUAUCCUCUAAACUUGGCACUGAUGUUACUGUCUGCGCAAUCACACUCUAUACUCUGCAGGUAUCUUAGACUGUACACCACACAGUACUUUUUACACUGUACGACGCAGUGAGAAAACUUGGUACGUCACAGUAACUUAAUUUCCAUAACUGUUCUCAUUGAUUUGUGUAUUGUUUUUUUGCCUACAGAUUCCCUCACUUCGCACUAAGUGCCGGACUACAAAGAGUGUCUGGCUCCAUCUUAUGUUCCGUUCUCGUCGGUCUGUCUCUGCUAGGCAGCUUUGGAGGCAGCGCUGUACAACGCCGAGCCGGGGCCUGGGGGAGGGGGCACCCCCCAACCCCGAAGACCUCCAGAAUGCCCUGCGGCCUACAGCCCACCAACUCUUUAAGAAGCUGAAAGAUGAGCAGUUAUGGCAGCUGGCGGAGGCGGUUGAGAGCAAGGGACGCUGGGAUUGCGGCUGUGUCUGGUUCCCAUGGGAGUCAAGGGGUGGGAAACAAGCACUGGCACCCCAAGUGUUGCUAUGCAAGCUGUAUCGCUGGCCAGACCUGAGGCAGGCAUCCGAGCUGAAGAGGUUGAUGCAAUGUGAGAAUUUCUGGAGAAAGGGCAGUGAAGGAACGUCCAUUUGCUGUAAUCCGUACCACUUCAGCCGGCUGGCAGUGCCAGGUUUGCAGGGGAAAAGCAAGUUCAGAAUUUAUUAACUACAGAGGGGAGGAUAACGAGGGGCACUAUGGGGAGGUCACAUUCUAUAAUUCUUUUACUUCCUCUAUACAAAUGACUUCUUUCUGAUCUCAAAGCCACAGGUUUAUCAGUUGCACUUAGCAUUCUGGAAUACCUCACUCAUUUUACUUUGCCUCUUAAGCACAAAUGUGACAUUCUCACAUCUCUUCCAGCUCUGUACUGUCUUUCCUCCACGUUGUGUCUCCUGUGUUUGUUAUUGUAAUGUCUUUUUGAAACCAUUAUAUACUGGCCAUCUGCCCCCAUCCCUAGUCUGUUGUCCCAUUGUCUGCACAAAGUGUACAUAGCAUCCGCUGUUAGUUAGUAGACUCUGAUUCCAAGAAUCCAUUUCAAAUGUAUUUAAUAUAUGGGGUCAAGAUUUUGGUACUCAACAUAAGUCCAUCCAUCCAUCUAUCCAUCCACCUAUCUAUCUAUCUAUCUAUCUAUCUAUCUGUUAUGUCCUCACUCCAUCCUUUAUCAUUGUUCUGUUUAAUCAAUUCCUUUUUUCUGUUGCAGAGUUACCUACCCAAGUCCCCUGCAAGGUAAAGGAGAGCCUACGGUUUGUUCCAUCCGAUACAUUUUCUCCCCUAAAUCCAGGGAGCACCUACAGCAAUGUCCGAGGCCGACAUGGUAAGUGUAAGAAAGUUAUUAUGAAUAUGUAAAUGAGAAAACACUGUCUUAGUCAGUUUUCAGUGUAGACUUGAGCUUACCGUUACACCCAAAACACUGCCACCUGGAGGGCAUUUUGGUAUAAUGAGUGUCACUGUCCAAAAUAGUUUAUGGUCUAGUACAGGGGCAGGCAACCUCUGGCACACCAGAUAUUGUGAACUACAUCACCCAUGAUACUGUUCCAGUCAUAAUGCUGUUAAAGCAUCAGGGGAGAUGUAGUCCAAACCAUCUGGAGGGACAGAGGUUGCUUACUCCUGGUCUAGUGGUUUGAUGGGAGACCCUUCUCAAGGAUGUCAACCCAGCUGUAAAAUAGAGACCAUUCCAAAGGAUCUUGCAGUUUAAGGUAUAAGGGGAGUUCCUGUCCCAAGGAGCUUAUAAUAUAAAUGUGUAAUGCACAACUCUAUAGUCAGUAUUUCUGCUUCUCACUGGCUUUCUCUCUGUAUUCCUCCAGACACCACUUUGUCCAGAGGCUCCUAUAAGGAUGGAUACUGGUGCAAACUGGCCUACUGGGAGCACCGGACCCGCGUAGGCCGUCUCUACACUGUGAGUGAGCCAUCGGUGCAUAUCUUCCACGACUUGCCCAAGGGUAGUGGCUUUUGUCUGGGAUUCCUGGGCUCUGAAACCCGAAAUGAAACCGUUAGACGCACCCGGAUGAAGAUAGGUCAGGGUAUAACCUUAAGCCAUGAGAAUGAUGGGGUUUGGGUUUACAACAGAUCCGAGCACCCAAUUUUCAUCAAUUCCCCUACACUGGCUUCUGUAAACACUCGCGGGCAGUCUGUGCACAAGCUGCUCCCAGGAUACUCCAUCAAAGUCUUUGAUUCUGAACAGGAGGUCUCCAGGUGUCAUGUUCUGGGGGAUGGGCCCUACGAUCCUCACAGUGUGCGUAUCAGUUUUGCCAAGGGCUGGGGAUCAUGCUACUCUCGGCAGUUUAUCACUUCCUGCCCUUGCUGGCUAGAAGUCCUUCUAAGACCACCGAGAUGAACAUGCUCCUCCGACAUCUGGAGCUCCUAAGUCAAUGCAUCAUAAUCUGAAUAAACCAGUUCCACCUGCCAAGCCUGGCCUCCAUCACCUGUGCUGCCGUCAGAAUAGAGACUUGUCACCUGUGCCACGUGCUGAGCUUAUGCUUCAACAUCAACUGCUAAACCUGGACUCAAUCAUCAGUGUCACCUUCUAAGCUUUUGCUUCACCAACUGUGCCAACUGCUAAACAUGGACUUUAUUUCCACCUGCUAAGUAUAGACUGCACCACUUGUCCUGUCUGCUGAAUCUAGGCUUCAUUCCAUGUGUGAUAAAUAUACAAAUAUUACUAUAAAUGAAAACCAGUGUCUUCUGAACUCAUCAUCUGCACUAUUUACACAUGGAUUUUUUAGAUCUGUUAUUUGGUAAAUUCUACAUUGAAUGUUGCUCAGUCUCCUUGAAUAUCGCUCAAUCUCCUUGAAUAUCAACGUUUUGAAAUAUUCAUCUGUUUAACUGUCAAGGUCAGAAUUGCAAUUGUCAUGUCAUGACUCCAGACUCUAUCCUACUGAAUCCAGACUUCACCACUGCUCCCUUAUGACCCCAAACUCAAUCUUACUAAAUCCAGAUGUCAUCUUUGAAACCUGACUUUUACAUGGCUCCAUCUUUUACUGCCUAAUUAAUCCUUAAUUCAGGGUCUGUUGUUUGAAACUUCUAUAAUAUCCAGAUUCCAUUUUCACUUUAUCAUCAUCAAAACCUCGGGAACUUUCAUUGCAUCCGGGAUCAACCAUGAGUGCUAUUCACCAAAUUCAGGUUCCAGAGCUUCUAUUGUCCACAACACUUACAGCUUCUUCAGCUCACAGCUAUGUAUUUUUACAAAGUACGAACUUUCGAUAUCCAUACACUCGCAGCUCUAAGGCAUCUCUCUUUUACCGAUGUGAAAUGAAGUAUAAAUCAUGGGAGGACUGGUGCUCUCCUGUAUAUCUCAUUGAGAUGACCAUGUUACCACUUAUUAAUACUUAUCUAGAAGUUUGAAUUUACUCUACUCUGGGGCCCAAUGAGUAGAACUCACUACAUGCUUUUAAUGAAACGUUCACAAAAAACUGAAUCUAUUGUUCAACAGAACAGAUCAUUCUUGGACUCCAGAAAUUACAUGUUUGUAGAUAAUGGGUGUUAGGUACAAAAUAUGAUUUUGAGUAGACUAAGUGGAUUCCUGAGAUUAAGGAGAUGAUUUAUCAAAGUUUUCUGUUCUAAAAAGUGGUGCAAAAUACAGUAGAAGGGGUGGUGUCACCAAUUGAAUAAGCCUGCCAGUUCCAAUGGUUUCCAUGGUGAUUGAUCCACAUUUAGUACUAUAAAAUUACUUUUUAGAAGAGUAUGCUGUCAGAAUUCCACUAACAUUCUACCAGUGAUACAUUGAAAUAUCUGCCCUGUAAUAAAUUGCCUUAACGUCUAAUCCACAGUCUGACACUUCAAUCACAGAGCACUCUGAUUUAGGGGCUACAUUUAGCAAUAUCUCAAACACGACUCAUUGUUUUAUAAAAAUAUCCUUUCAACUGGUGGAAUACUGUACCUAAGUGUUCCUGACUCCCAAACGAAAGUAUUAAUUGGUGGCUUUACAGUAGGUAGGAUUAGAUAAGGAGGUGUCUAUAGAUGGUCUCUAGGUGUUAUUAGCAGACCAGUUAUGGGAUUUAUGAAUGUGAAGUUGAUAGCAAGUUUUAGAUGAGAGCAAAGCCUUAUAUGGAAUAAGGCACAUAGUUUUAAAGGGACACUGUGUGCAUUGUAGCUCCUUCAUCUCAUAGAAAUGGUUAUUGGUCUUGGAGUCCCCUGGUACUGCCCUUUCAUUCAGUGUUAAACCACUUUGAACAGAUUAAAGUUGACUGAAUGUCAUCAGCCAUUUGCAGCUCACCUCUCAGUGGAGGUAUAUUUAAGGCAGAUAUUACAUUCCACCUCAGUCAUACCAGCAAUAGGCAGUUGUGAUAGGGUCAGAGACCAAACUCAGCCACUGCCACCCAUCGCUACUAGGGAUAAUUUGGAGGCAUUAGCUGAGGAGCUGAAUUGUGACUGUGGGAUACCAAGGAACCUCAUAGAAUGUUAAACCGUUCAAAAAAGGUUUAACACAGAGGCAGGGGCAGCAACAUGGUACUCCAAGCACUAUAAGCACUACAAUGAAAUUAAGAGGAUAUAGUGCCUAGAGUGUACCUCUAAGUAGGUUCUAAGGAAUUUGAGGAAUGUGCUGAAUUUAGUGUUAUGAAUAGUAUGAAACAGUUGAAACGGUUAGGUAAGAAGGAGGAACAGACGUCAGUGUAAUGAUGGGGGAAAAAAAGAGAGAAAACAUUCUGGGUUUUUCGUGUCCCAUAGUGUCUUCAGUGAUACGGGCCUGUAUACUCAGUUCAGUUAGAGAUAAUCUGGUCUUUAAAUAUUCUUUGUGUUCAUUAUACAGUCAGACACAUAUCACAAGGUAAAGAAUUUGUUCCAUGCCAGCAGCCAAAAAUAUUUUUAAACAAACAGUAAUGCAUCAUUAUGACUUCCGUUUACAUGGGAAAAAAAACACUAUGUAAGGUUCAGGAAUAUGUACUCAAAUCACAUAAUAUCAUACAGCAAUUGUUAUUUAGACACAUAUGUAGAACUCUGCAGCUGAUUGCGUGCUGCCAUACGUUUAUUUCCAUUUAUGUGGAUUACGAGGUCACGGACCAAAACCUGUAUUACAGCUAUAUUCUGAUUGACAGCCAAUCAGAAUAUGAAGUCAACAAAUUUAUAUUGCUAAUUUUCCUUUAUGUCUAUCGCCAAAACACAAAUCCCAGGGCCUAUGCAUGCCUAGCACAACUCAGUUUGCCAUUUCAUACAGACAGCUAUUUAUAUUAAAGCAUUACUGUACUGACAUUUUAAAAACAAUACCGUCACUACCAGUUAUGGCCUCCAGGUGGCAGAAUGACAUUCCACCGCUUAUAAAAGCGGAUAUUACAAUUAGCCUUACUAAUGCAGCCACGACGGGUUAACCCAGGCUUCCCCAAACUCCGGCCCUCCAGCUGUUGCUGAACUAAAACUACCAUGAUUCUCAGCCUAUCUUUUUCAUUCAUAGAAUCAUGGGAGUUGUAGUUCGGAAACAUCUGGAGGGCCGGAGUUUGGGGAAGCCUGGGUUAACCCAAUGAAUGCGGCUGUUAAUGUGCUACUACAGAGAGUACCCUUACCCCACUGAAACUGUGCCAGGCUAAAUUAUUUAUAUAACACCAGUAGUAGUACUGCACUGUAUAGUGAUAGUGAUAGUGAGUAUACCCUGACAAUGGCCAGUGUGCACCCUAUAGUGAUUCAGGGUACAUGCUGGUAAUAUAUAGUCUGCUUUCUAUAAUGAUACCGAGUAUCUAUGUAUUGAUAAUUAACAGGCUGCUCUGUAUAAUGAUGCUGAGUACCUAUACACUGAUAAUAAACAAAUUAUUUUGGGAUAAGAUCAGAAAUGAAAAGUUCAAGUGCAAAUUUGGGUUAAAGAAGACGUCCCUGAACAACACGUACCAACUUCUGUUAGUACCAGUCGACAGGACGUCCAACCUCAGUAUAACCAAAGUAUUCAUAGAAAAACCAUGUAUAGGGUUUUUUGGUUUUUUUAUAUCCGUAUUUACAACACAGUAUAUUUUUAAAUGUUAUUUAUAUAGAUACAUUUUCUACCAGACUAUUAUGUUAAACUUACUGACUUUUAGUAACACAAAACAUGGCCAAGGAUCUCAGCUCGUUACUGUAAUUUCCUGCGUCAUGUAUUAGAUUGUAAGCUCUUCGGGGCAGUGCUAACAUGUGCAGUGCUGUGUACACUGACAAUCGUUUAUUCUCCAAUAAAUUAUUAUCCACAUAAAAAAAAAAAAAAAAAGUUAUUCUUUAAUAUACUUCACAGAAUGUGUGACCAUAUUAUGCGGUAUGUGAAGAUCAACCAAUACGUUACCUCUCAC